AUGGACCAACUCACCGUGCGGCCGCAGACGAAGAUGUCCGCGCCAAACAUCAACGAGACGACAUUUUUGGCCGUCCUCUGGAUCUCCGUCGGCACAUCAUUCCUCUUCCUCAUCACACGACUAGCGACACGAUGGAAAAUCGCCCCUCAGAAACGCGCCGACGACUUCUUCCUCCUACUCGCGUGGCUCUUCUCUCUCGGAAUGGCCAUUCUCUGGUCCAUCUUCUACAAGCACCUCUACACCAUCCUAUCCUUCUCUAAAGGCGACCUCUCCUCCAUCCCCCUGAACAUCGACUGGCUUCAGAUUCAACGACAACUGAGAGCGCAAUUGGCCGGUUACAUCCUCAACUACUGCAGUAUAUGGAGCGUCAAAUUCUCGUUCAUAUUUUUCUUCCGCAAGCUAGGAGAGCGGUAUCGAUUGCAGAAGAUCAUCUGGUGGAGCGUCUUUGGGCUGCUCAUCGUUUCGUUCGCAGGCUGUAUCGGGACGUUGGAUUUUGAGUGCGAGGUGAGCGAGGUUGAUGAGAUUCUUCGGAACUGCACCAGUGCCGAGUCUAUUCGACUCGCUCGGCUAACUGUCAAGGUUGCGACGUCAUUGGAUAUUACGACAGAUGUGGCUAUUAUCCUCCUAUCUAGUAACGUCCUCUGGCGUGCGCGCAUCAACUGGAAACGAAAACUAGCCCUAAUAGGCAUUAGCCUCCUCACGGCCUUCAUCAUCUGCGUGGCCAUCAUCCGCAUGGUAUGGGCGAUCGCAGGGACGGGGAUCCCGGAUGUCUCGUGGCUGAUUCCGUGGAGUAUGGUGGAGAUCUGCGUCGCGAUCAUGGUUGCUUGUCUAGCUUCGUUCUGGACUUUGCAUACUAUGGCCAAGGCGCGUAGUCCCUCGCCGAUAGUGGAUAGUGAGUCGACAAUCGCGCAGGAGAGUAGGAGGGAUAUUCGUUUGAGAGAGAAUUUGGCGGUGAUUGACGGGUGUCGGUAUAUGUUUGGGACGAGGUCGAGGUCGUGGUCGAGGCCGCGAGGGAUGAAGUAUUGGAAAAGGGAGGUGCAAGAACAAGAUAUAUGA